UCGGGCCGGAAGUGACGUCACGGCCGCUGAUUGGCGGAGAGACCCUGGGGCUGCCUCGCGCUGGGCCGGACCGAGACUCCCGGAGCCGGGGGUGGGGGCGGGGCAGAAGGAUAUUGGGGUUGAGCUUCCUGGUUCAGACACUGCUGCCCCGAUUGUGGUUUGGGGCCCCAGGCUGAACAGCUGCUGCUCCCCCAGCGGGAUCGGGGCUGGGGAGUGACCGUGAGUAAAGCUUCCUCUGUGCCCAGCCAAGAGUCGAGAACAUCCGUCUGUGGGGAAAGAGCCGGGGGGAAUUGUGAUGUGAUGCGACUGUCCUGUUCUGACACGUCCCCUUCGUACCCUGACAGGCUGCAGUGUCACGUCCCAUCCUCCCAGGGACCAGGGACGGGAAAUGGCUGCUGUGGGGCCAGCGCAGGGGCCAGUGACUUUCGAGGAGGUGGCUGUGUAUUUCACCAGGGAAGAGUGGGCUCUGCUGGACCCUGCUCAGAGAGCCCUUUACAGACAUGUCAUGCAGGAGAACUACAAGAACGUGACCUCGCUGGGGUUCCCAGUUUCCAAACCUGAUGUCCUCUCCCAGCUGGAACGAGGGGAAGAGCCGUGGACCCCAGAUCUCCAGGGUUCAGAGGAAAGAGAGAUCCUGAGAGGCAGCUGCAUGGCAGGUGAGGGGAUGGUGAGAGAGACUGUGGAGCAGACGCCUCAGCAGGAAGAGGAGCAAGUGGAAGCACGUGGGGCGUUGUUGCAAAGAUGCAAAGGGAGUGUGUCCAGGAGUUGUGAGCAGGGAAAAGGCUCUCAGGGGCAGCACAGGCCAGAGAAGCGUCAGGGGAACCAGCCAGCGCAGAAAGUUGGAAUAUUUGUUAAUUAUCGGGAAAUUCACAAAGGCCUCAAGGAAGCCACGACCCAGCAGAGAAUCCUGACGGGAGAGAGAAAUAACACAGACUUUGAGUGUGGGAAAAAGUUCAGGAGGCACUUACACCAUCAGAAAAUCCACACUGGAGUGAGACCCUAUGGAUGCUGCGAGUGCGGGAAAACCUUCGCUGAGCGCUCAACCUUUAUUCGCCAUCAGAGGAUCCACAUCGGAGUGAGACCCUAUGGAUGCUGCGAGUGCGGGAAAACCUUCGCUGAGCGCUCAACUCUUAUUCGCCAUCAGAGAAUUCACACAGGCGAGAAACCCUAUGGAUGCUGUGAGUGCGGGAAAACCUUCGCGCAGCGCUCACAACUUCUUAGCCACCAGAGAAUCCACACUGGAGUGAGACCCUAUGGAUGCUGCGAGUGCGGGAAAGCCUUCACUGAGCACUCACGCCUUAUUCGCCAUCAGAGGAGCCACACAGGGGAGAAACCCCAUGAAUGCUGCGAGUGCGGGAAAAGCUUCGCUCAGCGCUCACACCUUAUUCGCCAUCAGAAGAUCCACACAGGGGAGAAACCCUAUGGAUGCUGCGAGUGUGGGAAAACCUUUACUGAGAGCUCGCACCUUAUUCACCAUCAGAGGAGCCACACGGGGGAGAAACCCUAUGGAUGCUGCGAGUGCGGGAAAACCUUCACUGACCACUCAUGCCUUAUUCGCCAUCAGAGGAGCCACACAGGGGAGAAACCCUAUGGAUGCUGCGAGUGCGGGAAAACCUUUGCUCGGCGCUCACACCUUAUUCGCCAUCAGAGGAUCCAUACUGGGGAGAAACCCUAUGGAUGCUGCGAGUGUGGGAAAACCUUCGCUCGGCGCUCACACCUUAUUCGCCAUCAGAGGAGCCACACCGGGGAGAAACCUUAUGAAUGCUGUGAGUGCGGGAAAACCUUUGCUCGGAGUUCACACCUUAUUACGCAUCAGAGGAGCCACACAGGGGAGAAACCCUACGAAUGCCGUGAGUGCGGGAAAGCCUUCACUCAGAUCUCGGGCCUUAUUUCACAUCAGAGGAGCCACACAGGAGAGAAACCUUAUGGAUGCCGUGAGUGUGGGAAAACCUUUGCUCACUUCUCAAAUCUUAUUACACAUCAGAGGAUCCACACAGGGGAGAAACCCUAUAAAUGCCAUGAGUGCGGGAAAACGUUCGCUCAGCACCCACACCUUAUUGCCCAUCAAAGGAUCCACACAGGAGAGAAACCCUAUGAAUGCCAUGAAUGCGGGAAAACGUUCACUGCGAGAUCAGGCCUUACUACACAUCAGAGGAACCACACAGGGGAGAAACCCUAUGGAUGCUGUGAGUGAGGGAAAACCUUCACUUGGAGAUCUGGCCUUAUUACACAUCAGAGGAGCCACACAGGAGAGAAAACCCUAUGAAUGCCGUGAGUGCGGGAAAUUCUUCCAUCAUGACUCUUCUCUUAUGUAUCACCAGAGAAGCUGCAAGGGAGAGAAACACCAUGAAAAUCUCGUCUGGGUCUCAGAAAAGAUGUUUUUUCCCUUUUGCUAAUUCCCAAGUAGUGAACUUUAGGUAGCAUUUAUGGCGUCUCAGCUCUCUCAGGUGAGUUGUCUGCUUUUCCAUUUUGCAGCUCACCCUUCCUUGGAGUGAAGCCCACGGUGUUUUUCAUCAACCCCUUUGUCCUGCAUCAUGGAAGUGUGCGUCCCUCCAGGAUUGUCCGUCAGCCCCAGGUGGGGGAGCCAGGAGUGACCUUUACUCGGUACAUGGAGGUUAAAUCUACCUGGGCCUUGGCUGCACUAGGGUUUUCCAUGGAGUUAGCUAGAUUGAGUUAGGGAUCCUGACGUAAAAACACAACUAGUUGUUUCAAUGAAGAAAAUAGCCCAUAUAGCGUCCAGGGUAAAGUAGCAAACCUCCUCACCGCCGGACACAACCUCCGUCACUUUUCCUAGUCUAACCAAUUUUGGAGCAUCACGUUUAUACUUUUCCUCCCACUGCAGUGAUUGUUAGUCACCAGGUUCCCCCAUUAGGGACAGAUUGCCUCGUUCCCAGAUUGCACUGGGUUCUGCUGAAUAGCAGUUGUGUCUUGUACCCUUUUUCCUCAAUGUAAAUAUAACAGAGAAGGAUCGGGGAUAGAGGGUGUGAUGAAGUGGGGAUUUUCCCUUGUUAUGUUGUAUGUGAGCCUAUGUGAGUUUUACAUGAAUAUUGUGUGUGCCUCAGUUUCCCUGUGUGCUGCACCAAUACCUCGGUGGUGGGAAUAAGGGUGUGUGACUGUGACAAAGUGGGAAUGUUCUCAAUGUUUUCUUCGAACACGGGGUGGGUGCCUGUGGCACAGCAAGGAGUGGGGAGUGUUGACCUGGGAAGGUAGCAGGGGAGGUUUAUUGGGACUGGCUGCACUGGGGAUGGGAGACUUUCCUUGAGGGAAGCUAUCUGUGCAUGUAACAUGAGAACCCAGGAGGGAGGUUGGAGCCAGGUGACACCUCUGCUUGGGAAACUGGACAAAGGCUGGGGGAGGAGCUGGGGGGAGGCUGGGUGAGAGGCUGGAGGGAGGUUCAGUUUGGAGAUGGCUGGGGAAAUGGAGCGGAGCCAGGUGAGGCUCUGGUCUUCCUGCCUCCCCAGAAUGGACCCGGCCAAGGGGUCCCGUUCUCUGUACCUACAAGCUCUGUUUUAGACCAUGUUCCUGUCAUCUAAUAAACCUCUGUUUUACUGUC